UCCCCAACAAGCCCAACUAACCACCAGCACAAUGGCCAAGUCAGCACCCCACAGCAUCUCCCAGAAGGACAUCGAGGUCCCGGAGACUAUCCUGAAGAAGCAGAAGGCCAACCAGAAGGUCAACGACCAGCGUGCCGCCGAGACACAGAAGAAGCGUGAGGCCAACAAGCAGAAGCGCGAGACCAUCUUCAAGCGCGCCGAGAAGUACCACCAGGAGUACGUCAAGGCCGAGCGCGACGUUAUCGAGGCCAAGCGCGCCGCGAAGAGGGACAACUCCUUCUACGUCCCCGCUGAGCCCAAGCUCGCUUUCGUUGUCCGUAUCAAGGGUAUCAACAAGAUCGACCCCAAGAAGCGCAAGACCCUCCAGCUCCUCCGUCUUCUCCAGAUCAACAAUGGUGUCUUCAUCAGGCUCACCAAGGCCACUAUUGAGAUGCUGAAGAUCGUCGAGCCUUUCGUCGCAUACGGCUACCCCAACUUGAAGACCGUCCGUGAGCUUGUUUACAAGCGCGGUUACGGAAAGGUCAACAAGCAGCGCCUUCCCAUCACCGACAACGAGCUCAUCGAGGAGAACCUCGGCAAGCUCGGCAUUGUCUGCGUCGAGGACCUGAUCCACGAGAUCUACACUGUUGGCCCCAACUUCAAGCAGGCCUGCAACUUCCUCUGGCCAUUCAAGCUCUCUUCGCCCACUGGUGGUUUCCACACCAGGAAGUUCAAGCACUUCAUCGAGGGUGGUGACCUUGGUAACCGCGAGGACUUCAUCAACCAGCUCGUUGCUCGCAUGAACUAAGCUGGAACGAUGCUAUUUGGGUGGAGUUAGGGAACGAUACCAUGACGAUCACGACUGUUGGUCACAUCCACUUCACAAGGAGUAGGGCAGGCCGAGCCACAUGCUCUGGUUAGCUAGACAGACAAGCCUCGCACAUCCUGCGAAGGAACAAAAAUCUCACACAUUUUG